UCAUCUAAUCAGUAAGCUUUUAAGAUGGUGAAACUUUGCCACAGUGACCCGAGAGAAGCACAGCUGCAGUUGAGGAGUCACUUCAGAUCAGGUCUAAGGACAUAAUGGACGUUUCAAGUCCCAGGACUGAAGCUGCGUCAAUGGCAUCCUCUUCCAGACUGUUUUGCUGUAAAUCCAUAAAGCGUUGCAUCCCUCUGCUAUAUAGAGAGGAGCUUUACCACAUCCUGUGCAUGACUGGACCAUUGGUCACGUCCCGCAUUCUGACUUUUCUUCUGCCAUUUGUAAUAACAAUGUUUUGUGGUCGUCUGGGAAACACUGUGCUGGCUGGUUAUGGGAUGGCUUCAGCUACAAUAAACAUCACAACAGCGGCUACAGGAGGAGGCCUGGCAUUAGCAGCUAAUACUCUGAUAUCUCAGACCUUUGGUGGGAAGAACAUGUUGCGUGUUGGUGUCAUCCUUCAGAGAAGCGUCUUGAUUCUCCUGCUUUUCUGUCUGCCCUGUUGGGCUUUACUCAUCAACACCCGUCCCAUUCUUCUUCUGCUGGGUCAGGACCCAGAGGUGGCCAGGAUAGCUCAACUCUAUGUGUUUUUUUACCUGCCAGCUGUUCCUGCUAUGUUUUUAUAUCUGCUGCAAGUCGCUUAUCUCCAAAAUCAGGGUGUGAUCUUGCCUCAGAUGUAUGCAGCCAUUGUGGCCAAUAUUGCCAAUGUUGGGACAAACUACAUCCUUCUUAACUGGUUGGACCUUGGAUUAUAUGGCUCUGCUGCUGCUAACAGCCUCUCCCAGAUCUAUAUUUGUGGUCUCCUCUAUGUGUAUAUUCGCUGGAAGAAGUUGCACAUUAACACGUGGGGAGGUUGGUCAUGUGAAUCACUUCAGGAGUGGGAUGGAUAUAUGAAACUGGCCAUUCCCAGUACAAUGAUGUUCUGCUUUGAGUGGUGGAUAUAUGAGGUUGGGGGUUUCUUAGCAGGAAUGCUGAGUGAGUUGGAUCUGGCAGCUCAACAUGCAGUUAUUAUGCUGGCUUUUAUAAACUACAUGUUUUCGUUGGGGAUUCAAGGCGCUGCAUGUGUUCGUGUAGGUAACGCGCUUGGAGCUGGAGAUACUGCUGGUGCAAUCCGAACCUGCAAGGUCUCGCUCACCUGCACAGCGAUCUUGGCUGUUUUGCAAGGUCUUGUGUUAGUAGGGACAAAAUCAGUGAUUGGUUUCUUAUUUACGUCAGACAGGCAUAUUGUGGCGCUUGUUUCCAAACUCUUAAAUGUCUACUGUGUACUUCAGUUUUUUGAUGGUCUUGUUUGUGUCUGUAUGGGUAUUCUCCUGGGGUCUGGUCAGCAGAAGAUUGCUGCUGCUGCUAACUUCUUUGGGUAUUACUGCAUUGGACUUCCACUCGGCAUUGCUCUCAUGUUUGCGGCAAAAUUAGACGUUGUUGGCUUUUGGCUGGGGCUGCUCAUUUGUGUAUGUGUACAGUCCAGCUUUUUCAUUGCAGUUAUUUUUAAACUUAACUGGGAGAGAGUGACCGAAGAGGCAGUGGAACGAGUCGGACAGAGUAAAGUGUCUGACACAACAACUCCAGAUGUGACAAACAACCUUAUAUUUGCUGCCAGGGCUACAGUGAGGCAAAGUGAGAAUGGAGAUGAGUACACGGCUGUGAGUUCUCAAGAUAAGGAUGAAGGACACAGUACUGUGGUACAUGAUGGUUUAGUAAUGGUUGAGGAAAAGGAGGAACGUACAGCGAUGCUCUCAACCUCUCAGAUCAUCAUCAGGAGGGGUUUGACUACAUUGGCUGCUGUUCUUAUUCUAGCUGUUGGUGUGGCUGUUCAUCUCAAUGUGCCUUUACCUGAAGUGUUAAAUAAGACAAAUACUACUUUGGACUCAAACCUUACCACAACUUCCCCUUUUAUAAUCAAUUCAACAUCAGUAUUAAUUUGAUAACAACUAUUUUUUUAAGCUUUAGUGUUGCUUGUAAUAGAUCUGAUCUCUUUAGUAUUUCAUUUGUUUCUGCAAAACAGCAAUGAGACUAGUGAAGGACUCUUGUGUCUCAUAUGGGGAAAAUACAUCACAUGUGUCUCUUUUAGACUUCCAGAAGAGAUUGCUACAACAUGUUAAACUGUUUAAAUUGAACUUGCAAUGCUUACUAAUGAUGUUUUUGUCAGGUUUGACUGAGCUUGUAACGUAUUAAAUAUAUUUUUUCUCUCUCAAGAUUUAUGGUAUAGAAAGCCAUAGUAAAAUUGUAAGAAACAAGAUAAGUGGAUAUGUAUUUUCUUACAGAUAAUUAUAAAUAUAUUUUUUGUUAUAUUGCUACCGAAUCAGGCCAACCUAUUAAAGUGAAAUCAUACACACUGUAAGAAAAAACAUGCAGCGUGAAAUUAAAACAACUUGGUUUGGUAAGUCAAUUCAACCUACUAUUUAAUAAGGGUGUCACGAUUUUGAUUUUAAAUCGAAAUCGAUCGAAAUUAAGUCACAUCCUUGAACUUCGAAUAAAAAAAUGGGAUCGUCGAUGCUGCCACGCCCCCAUAUCACGUCCGGUCGGCUUGCUAAGCGGGGGAAAAAACUCUAUUCUAUAGCUACAACUCCUUGAAAUGCAUAUCAUAAACAGGAUUACUACCUAGUGCUCUGACUUCGGACAGAGCCCAGCUCUCUGCACGUAUGAGCAGGGUCCGAAAUUAACUUUUUGGCUCACCUGCCACGGGGACUGGUAGAUGAAAAAAUCCACCAGCCAAGCAUAUUUUUUACCGGCCAGAAUAAUAAACAGCCUUUUUUGUCACAUAUACAUGAUUUUCAUUUGCUGUGUUCAUGGUCACAAAUUUUCUUAAGUUUCAUUGUUUUAUUUCCGACGAUAAAUGAUUUGUUUCUGUUUUUAUCUUAAUCAUACUGGCGACACACCAAACAACUCAUCACGACACCGUCAGAAUCAUAUUAUAGCCAGCCACUUGAAACUCCAUUAUCUCCAUACCUCCAUUUUCACAUAACUUUCUUUUUUAUUUAAAGGAAUAGUCUACCGAUUUGCCAUA